UUAGCUCCAUUCCAAAAAGGACGCGGAGAGGGAUCUGUCAGCGACGUCCUACAAUUCCAACCAUUAAUCAGGAAUGCUCAUGCUGUGUGUCCUGUCAAUGGAGAAUAUCAAGGGGCAGGGACGCCGAGGAUGGAGUGCAUGAAAUGACCAAUAACUGCAUAUUGUAACCGAUGGUAUCCGAGUCAUUCGAUUAUCUCUACCAAAGAAUCCCAGAUUGCAUUGUAAAUGUCUGAGAAACCUAGAGCCCAGUAUGAGGAAAGACGACCAGGCCAGUGGCCGGCCUACUCAAAUCCACGGCAGCAGGCACUAAGGCCCAGACUGGGGAGAGAGUCAAGCCUGAGGGCGCCACCAUGGGCACAGCCGGCAAGAAUACGGCCAAGACCUCCGCUACCGCACCACUCUCUAAGGCGAAGAGCAGCGAUGACUUGUCAUCAGCAACAACAGUAGGCGGUGGAGCCUCUGCUGGGAUCAGCACUGUUGCUAAGUUCAAGAAGACUAGCUCUGCCCACUCUUCAACCUCUUCCACAACAGGCAAGCGUGGGACCUCCUCUGUGGGGAAGGAGCCCGGUUCAUCCCGGGACGGCCUGCGAGAACGCUCCAGAGCUGGCACCGCCAGCAGGAAGCUCUCCGGACCCUUGGACGCCUUGGCACAGCCCAACAGAGUCCGCAGCCGGGCCAUGACUGAGUCCGAGUCCCGUAUGAGCAAGUCCAGGUCGGAUGGGCAGCUCAGCAAUAAGACUCUCCUGGAGAGCAGGGUGAAGGAUCUGCUGGGCCUGGCCAAGAGCAAAGAUGUGGAGAUCCUCCACCUGCGCACCGAGCUGCGGGCCAUCCGUGUUCAGCUAGGCCUGCCUGAGGAGGAUGGGGGGAGCAGAGAGAGGGGCGAGGGAGAGGAGACUGCUGAAGCUGAGCCCCUACAGAAACAGAAGAAAGAAGCCCCUACUCCGCUCAUCUAUACAGAUGUUGAGUCCACCCUGCACUUGCUGCAGGAGCAGAACCAGGGGAUCCGCGUGGAACUGAACAUGCUAAAGAGUGAAAACCGCAUGCUGAAGGACCGCCUCAAUGCCAUGGGUUUCUCCCUGGAGCAGAGGCUGGACUGCUCCCUCAAAGCCCCGCGAGGCUCCUGUCUCAGCCCAGAGCUUCCUCCAGCCAGCGGUGGCAGAGAUGGAGGGUUCCAACGGACCCCUUUUCAACAUGGGGUCUCCCCACACGGCUCUGCCUGCGGCUCCAAUGAAGACCUUCUGGACCCUCGGCGAGCCAUCUCCCCUGAGGCGGCCGACAGUGAGUGCAGUGAAGCCUACCAGCCGAUCACCUCCAGCGAUGAUGCCCUGGACGCCCCCUCUGGUUCUGCCUCUGCCUGCUGCUCCUCCUCUGAGUCAGAGGGCGGGCCACCGAGUCACUGCGAGCGCUCCCGUAGCGGCAGCAGUGGCAACACCAGCGAGGUGUCGGUGGCCUGUCUAACGGAGCGCAUUCACCAGAUGGAGGAGAACCAGCACUGCACCUCUGAGGAGCUCCAGGCCACACUACAGGAGCUGGCUGACCUGCAGCAGAUCACCCAGGAACUAAGCACAGAGAACGAGAGGCUGGGUGAGGAGCGGGUCAUUCUGUUAGACUCCUUGUGCCAGCAAGGUGACCGGCUGGAGUUGUACGGCCAGCAGAUGGACUACUUCCGGGGCCUGCUGGACGAGCACCGCGUGGCCUAUGCCCCGGUCGACGAGGAGGACACUAAGAGCAGCCGCUACGUGGAGCUGGAGCGCCGCUACGUGGACCUGACUAAUGGGACCCACUUCGAGAGGGAGCAGCUGCUGGGGGUACAGCAGCACCUGAGCGGGGCACUGAAAAUGGCGGAGCAGGACAACGCAGAAGCCCAGGGCCUGAUAUCAGCGCUAAAGGAGAGGGUGCACAUGGCUGAGCGGCAUGCUGAGAUGGAGCGCAGGGAUAGGGCAGCGGCGGCCACAGAGCUGGAGGCCCUGAGGGAGGCGGCCGCGGGUGAGCAGGUGGAGUUGGCUCGAUGCAGGGCCCAGCUGGAGCAGGAGAGACAGAGGGUGGCUGACCUCUACUCCAUCCACAAUGCCGGGGACAAGAUGGACAUCCGCCACCAGCUGGAAAGCGAGAGGAGGGACAAAGAGAGGGCAGAGGCGGAGUCUGCUCAGCUGCAUGAGGAGCUUGACCACACCCGCGACGAGGCCGCCAGGCUGGAGGACGGUAUCAGCAAGCUGGAGGAGAACUUCCGUGUGUUUCGUGAUGAGGUGCAGAAGCAGCUAGCAGAGCAGAAGCGGGCCCUGGCCCAUCAGUGUUCUGAGCUGGAGGAGAGGGACACUGAGGUCUCAGACAUUAAGGAGACCAUCUUUGAGCUGGAGGACGAGGUGGAGCAACACCGAGCCGUAAAACUCCACGACAACCUCGUGAUCACAGACCUGGAGAACUCCGUCAAAAAACUGCAGGACCAAAAACAUGACAUGGAGCGUGAGAUCAAGAUGCUGCAUCGAAAGCUACGGGAGGAGUCUAUGGAGUGGCGUCAGUUCCAGGCUGACCUGCAGACGGCGGUGGUCAUCGCUAACGACAUCAAGUCCGAGGCUCAGGAGGAGAUUGGGGAUCUGCGGCGCCGCCUUCUGGACACACAGGAGAAGAAUGAGAAGAUGAGCAAAGAGCUGGAGGAGAUCAAGAAGCAGGAUGAGGAGAGGGGCAGGGUGUAUAACUACAUGAAUGCGGUUGAGAGGGACCUAGCUGCCCUGAGGCAGGGCAUGGGUCUCAGCCGACGCUCCUCUACCUCCUCUGAGCCCUCUCCCACCGUCAAGACCCUUAUCAAGAGCUUUGACAACGCCUCCACUGCAGGCCUUGUCCCAACCUCCCCCACAGCAGCCGUGCCAGCAGUUACCACAACGAUUGCCCGUACACCCCUCAGCCCCAGCCCUCUGAAAACCCCACCCGCUGCUGCUAUCUCUCCCAUACAGAGGCACACUGCGUCGACCCCCAAACCCCCAUCCUCCAUGGUGGACAAGAGGUCCAGUUACACAGACCUCACUAUGCCAGCAGAUCACCUGCUCCGGGCCUCACCUGGGACCCCCUCUGCCCUCCAGAGGGUCCCCAACAUGGACUCCAAGUCCCUCUCAGUGUCCCGAAGGUGCAGUGAGGAGCUGAAGAGGGACAUGUCUGCCUCAGAGAACACUGCCUCGGCCUCCCUCAUCACCUCCUCCCUUUCAGCUGCCUCCUCCCCCACCGCCUCAGUCACCCCCUCCGCAAGGGGACGCUUACGGGAGGAGAGAAAAGACACCCUGUCUGCACUGGCCAGGGAGUACGGGGGGUCCAAGAGGAACGCCCUGCUGAAGUGGUGCCAGAAGAAGACUGAAGGAUACCUGAACAUUGAUAUCACCAACUUCAGCAGCAGCUGGAACGACGGGCUGGCCUUCUGUGCUGUUCUCCACACCUACCUGCCUGCCCACAUUCCCUACCUGGAGCUCUCCAGCCAGGACAAGAAGCGAAAUUUCACACUGGCUUUCCAGGCCGCUGAAAGUGUCGGGAUCAAGUCCUCAUUGGACAUUGGAGAGAUGGUGCACACAGAGAGGCCUGACUGGCAGAGUGUGAUGACCUACGUCACUGCCAUCUACAAGUACUUUGAGACGUGACCCAUCUUCAAGCCCGAACACCUCGCUUGCCCACACACACACACGCAUCCAGCCAGGGAUGUCAUCGCAACAUCAGCCAAUGCUACCUGCGAAGACGUCUGGGACCCUGAGUUCUAUGUUAAGCUGCAUAGCUUACCUAACUCAGCCAAUAUAUUCCAUGUUUACACUGCAAUUUUCUACAAACUCUUGGCUUGGGAUUCUCAUGUGGCUUCUCAGUUUGAUUGAAUUCUUCAGACUAGGCUGUGGAUAGACUGAGGCCAUGGGUAUUAGACAAUGUGUUGAACUGUCGUUCAACUUUCCCUGGGUCAGUGACUUCCUGUAUACUCAAGUCUUCUGGCCUCUUGACCCCAGUCCUAUGUGAACUCUGUGCUGCAGUAGCCUACACCAUCAUUACCUCCAACGUUACACUGUAGUUCAUGUUUAGCUAGCUGAAAAAAUAAUGUGUGUAUGGUUUUGGAUUUGGAAUACUGCCAAGAACAGGAUUGCCUUUUUUAAAUGCCUUUGGCUUUGUCCAUUUUGUCGCUAAACUCAAUGACUUGAGGGUAAGGGUGAUUUACCUGACUGACAGAGGGUCCAGCCUAACUAUAGGUGUUCUAACUAGGCUGUUUUAGCCCAAUGCUUUGCUGUGAUAUUUAUUCCAAAGAGAUCAUAACUUCAUACGAAUCAAUGUCAUGGUUGUCUCUUGUUUUUGCCAAUUAUGACAAUGAGCAUUGACCCAUUAGGAAUAUGAAUAAUACAUAGGACUUCUAGUGCUUUUUGAAGGACCCGAAGUCAGAGUUCAAUCGCAUUGACAACUUUUACGCCAUUUAUUAUUUCUCAGUCCGUUGUGUCCAAACUCGGUAAGCGUGAUGAUUGGCCACCACGGCCAGUCUCUGGUUUUACAGUGAGGUCCCUGUAGCACACCCAUUCAUAAAUAGGCUGAACAACACGGGGAGCUGACCUGAGAAGCUAACAGUUUGGGCAUUAUGGUAAAACCACCACUUACUGUUCAGCAAAUCCUCCCUGGUUUCAAAGCACAACGGGAUGUGAGGCUCUUACUUAAAUGGAAUGCGUUUAAACCUUCAUCAAUGCCAUAAAAACCACUACGUUUCAAAGCCAUUGGGUGUACUACACACAGUAAAGCCCCUUCCUCCAGCACAGGAAAUCAUAUUAGCGAUGAAUGUUCCCACACAUGGGAAAAGCUUACAGUUUUCAUUUUGCUUUGAAGUAGUUAAAUAAGUACGUAUGAGAACUUAUGAGUUGUGUUUUUGGUACAUUGGAAUAUUCUCCUUAUAUUGAGAUACCAUGUGAAUAUUUCAUAACAUUUUGUUGUUGCUCAUAAAGGCAUCUGAUAAGGUUUCCACAGCUAAGAUGAGCUACAGUCAUUUAAAUGGUACUAGUCAUUGCCAGGAAUCAAGGCUAAUAGACAGUGUAUAAAACAUUAGGAACACCUUCCCUCGGAAUACCCUCAAUUCGUCGGGGCAUGGACUCUUCCAUGUUACAAUGCUUCCCACAAUGGAGCCCACAGUUGUGUCAAGUUAUACACACGGGAAA